GCAACUAUUAUUUUCAGCUUUAUUUCGUUGCAAUCAUUGAGUUGUGCUAUAACCAGAUUCGGCGUAAACCAUAGACCAAAGAGACUUCAUCUGAGGUUGUUUGCGCCCGCGCUCUUGCUGUUUUUCGACAGGAACAUAUCAUAAUUCUUGUUAUGGCUACAAGCGAUAUGCUCGGCUUUGUCGUCGUCGUUGUCUUUGCCACCUUGGUUGUCACCGCUACCGGCUGCAAGCUCUCGCCGAGUCAUUAUCAAUCGACAUGCCCUAAGGCGUUGGCGAUCGUUCGAGACGGAGUAGCAAAAGCAAUCAAGAACGAGACCCGUAUGGGCGCAUCGCUGCUUCAGCUGCACUUCCACGACUGCUUCGUCAAUGGGUGCGAUGCGUCGAUAUUGUUGGACGACACACCCAAUUUUGUUGGCGAGAAAACAGCAGCUCCGAACAACAACUCAGUGAGAGGGUUCAAAGUGAUCGACGACAUCAAGGCUAGCCUAGAGAAGGCGUGCCCUGGAGUGGUUUCCUGUGCAGACAUUCUUGCUCUGGCUGCUCGCGACUCGGUCGUCUAUUUGCGAGGUCCUUCAUGGAACGUAAGCUUAGGAAGAAGGGACUCCACUACCGCUAGCAGGAGCCUUGCUAACACCUCCCUACCUCCACCUACUUCUAAUCUUAGUGCUCUCAUAACCAGCUUCUCUGCUCAGGGCCUUUCAGUCAAGAACAUGGUGGCUCUUUCUGGUUCACAUACCAUUGGCCGAUCGAGAUGCACUUCCUUCCGAGGACGGAUCUACAACGACUCGAACAUAGAUGCAUCCUUCGCCCGUAAGUUGCAGAUGAAAUGUCCCAUGAGUGGAAAUGAUAACGUCCCUCAAAGGCUAGACAUCCAGACGCCAACCCUUUUCGACAACUUUUACUUCAAGAAUUUGCUGCAGAAGAAGGGCCUUCUUCACUCAGAUCAAGAGCUCUUCAACGGCAGUUCUGUGGGUUCACUGGUCAAGAAGUACGCAUGCGAUUCAAGCGCAUUUUUCCAGGAUUUUGCCAGGGCAAUGAUCAAAAUGAGUAAAAUUAGGCCCCCAAAAGGAAGCAAUGGUCAAAUAAGAAAAAACUGCAGGAAAGUGAAUUAAGAAUGAAGCUGAUAUGCAAUUCGAAACCGCCACAUAUGAAUGCAGAAGUGAAAUAAGGGCUAGAAAAUGUCCCAUGAAAAUUUGCCGUCAUGUGUCUGUCUUCAUGUCUAAUUAUAGCUGCUGCCUGAAAAAUAAAGGAGCUUGUCUUAGUUUUGCUCAA